AAGAUACCGAAUUCACUCGGCAACUUCAAUCGGUUGAGGAGUAUAAUAAAACUUUAUCAGACGAAAUCAAAUUUCCUAAAUAUAAUGUCCACAAGGGAGCAGUCUACACUAGUCGACUUUUACCAACUAAGGAAAUUACUCAAUUAUUACAAAGUUCCCAAUUAAGUAACGGGUUUUCUCAAACUGAUAUAUCUCGGCCUGUGGAUGACAUUAGCAUUUCCCUAACUGAACCAAUGGAAAAUCUAAACAUUCAAGAAAAGCAAGUUCAAAAUUCCCCCCAAGCUCAAAUCCAAAUUCCACCCAAAUAA